AUGGCAGGACCAUUUAUAUCGCCUCUGCCCGGCGAUUUGCUCACGGAGUACAUGUUCGGCCGGAGGAGGCAGCGUCGGAACCGGACCACCUUCACGCCCCAACAGCUGCAGGAACUGGAGGCCCUUUUCCAGAAGACGCACUACCCGGACGUCUUCCUCCGCGAGGAGGUCGCCCUGAGGAUCAGUCUGAGCGAGGCGCGCGUCCAGGUGUGGUUCCAGAACCGAAGGGCCAAGUGGCGGAAACAGGCGCGCCUGCAGCUGCUACAGGAUGCUUGGCGGAUGCGCUGCCUCAGCCUGGGUACGCCCCCCGUGAUGGGUGGCGGCGGAGGAUCUGCUGGAGGUGGCAGUGGCUCCGCCGGGUCUCCCGCAGGAGCUCCGGCGGGCAACCGGACGCCAAAUCAGACUCCCGAGAACCUAUCUGCCGGCAAGGAUCCGGAAAUCGGGGACACAAACUCCGCUGGAAAUUUCACCAUGAUGCAUCCGGCAUUCCAGCAGCAUCAACAGCAUCAGCACCUCCAGCAAGGACAGGGAUCUGCAUCUGGAUCCGGGGGCCCAGCCAUGGACCAGGAGAAGCUCUCGAAGACCUACACGGAGCUGAAGCUCUACAAGGCUCCAGCGCAUGGACUCGAACUGGGAAUGGCAACCGCUCUUUCUGGAUCCGGCCAGUCGGACGACGGCUCGGACGGGUCCGACUCCGAGGAAAUCGAUCUCACCUCCGGCGCCUGCAUCGACUUCUCCCAGAGCAGCAAGCUCCAACAGCAGACGGCUGCGGCUGCAGCUGGGGGAGUGGCUUCAGCGGCCACACCUAACGGAGUUCUCUAAGUGCUCCAAAGACUCCAAGGAGUGGGAGUCGCAUCUUCUUUGGGGAGUCAUUGCAAUUUUUUUUUUUAAUUGACUGUUGGCUUGGAUUGUUUCUUUUUAUCCGCGUAGGAUUACCAAACCCCCGAUAUUUUUUCCGCUCUUUAAUAUUUGUUUACCAAAAUAAUAAAUAUAAAAGGUCCCUUGUAUAUAUUCACACACUUAAAUGUCCCUCGAACAGUAGGUAAUGGCAAAUAUUAAUGGAUAAUAAACGAAAACGAAGCCAAUUGUGGUGGCUGGCGACAAGGAGCCAGCGAAUCUUAUGG